AUGAAGACAGAGAUUUUGGAUAAAAUUGCACAGGCAGUUUUUGAAAUUAAAGGCUACCCCGAGAAAGAUGAGCUUGAGUCACUUGCUUCUGCGCUGGUUCUCAAGUAUCCAUGUCUGAAGGAGCCAGGUAGCAUCACAGGCUACCAGGGAUGGAAAGCAAGUAUCAAACACAAACUUGGAAACUACAGAUCAAAGCUUCGUCAAGCAGGCUGCAAUGAGGUAAAUGUAAACAGGAAAAGAAAAGGGAGAGAUGAAGAGGGCAGUACUUUCACCCUUAAAAAGCCCAAAUGUGGAGAGGUCAAUCAUGUCCCAGAUCAUCCUCAACACCAUGAUGAUUCUACUCUUGAAAAGGAAAGAGUUGCUUUGGUUUAUGAAAUGAAGAAGAAACAAAAGAACAUAACAGUCAUACAGCAGAAGAUGGCACUGACAUUUUCUCUCAGGCGGAGAGAGGUCGUGGAGUGUCAACCUAUGGUAUCUGAGGUCCAGGAGAGAUGGCCUGCACUGUUUUCCUCUGAGGAGAUAUCUGAAGAAUUUCAUCGCAUCACGAGCAAAGACCUCCUGGGGACUUUCAAUGCAUCCCUUGACAAAUUUGUGCCUGGCCUGCUGAAACUGUACCGGUCUAAGAAGGGAGCUCUUGGUGAGAAGAUGGAAGACCUCCUGGAUAAACUUGAUGAACAGACAUCCAACAUUGUGUCCCAUCGAAAGACAGCAGCACUGAGAGGCCUGCCCAUUUUCCUCCGAGAAGAUGCAACAAAGGUUUUCCUGAAGUGCUUGGACACUGACAUUUUGGAACCAGUGCUAAACGGUGCAUCUGUUGCCAUCCUCACCAUCCUACAAGAUGACGAUGCCGGGAUGUCUGUGCGAGACCAGGCAGUUGUGUUGGAAGGGGACAUCGUGCUACAUAACAUUCCAGACCUCUCUACUGCCUUGACAUACCUCUUUGGCCUUCUGUAUGCCCUCAACAUUGAUUAUCCAAAGCAGAUGAGGUAUACCUUUAAAGCAAUUCAGGCCAUCUUUUUUGAGCUCGGUGGCUCUCGAUGCUCACAGCGCAUAAGGUCCCUGAAAACAAAGCUUUUGCUGUGACUGUUAAUUGGGAAGCCAGACACGACUUUAACUUGUGUUCUUUAGCCUGUUCAAGUGCUUUGUAGUUGGGUCAUGUAACAGACAGUAGUUAACCCUCUUUGCCUCUGAUAAUCGUUUGACAGUUACCAAGAGUUGCAUAUUUAGUGUUUGAACU